CGCCGUCGCUGAGGCCGUUAUCGCAGGUAUUCCUCGAUCGUUUGAUCCCUGUGAAUCGUCUUCGUUUUCUCAAAAUUGUAAAGAUGGAGAAUUCGACGGCUGAGAAAGGGAUCCCUGGACAAGAGCAGCAGGCCGCCGGAGUUGGGAUUCUGCUUCAAAUUAUGAUGCUCGUUCUCUCUUUCGUUGUCGGCCAUGUUCUUCGCCGUCACAAAUUCUAUUAUCUUCCUGAAGCUAGCGCUUCUUUGCUUAUUGGUUUGAUUGUUGGUGGACUUGCUAACAUCUCCGACACUGAAACAAGCAUCAGGGCGUGGUUCAAUUUCCAUGAGGAGUUUUUCUUCCUGUUUCUGCUGCCUCCAAUCAUCUUUCAGUCAGGGUUCAGCUUAUCACCUAAGCCCUUUUUCUCAAACUUUGGAGCCAUUGUCACAUUUGCUAUUCUAGGAACUUUUAUAGCUUCAGUUGUUACGGGAGUUUUAGUCUAUCUUGGUGGUCUGAUGUACCUCAUGUACAGACUUUCUUUUGUUGAAUGCCUAAUGUUUGGUGCUCUUAUAUCAGCAACCGACCCUGUUACUGUUCUUUCCAUAUUUCAGGAACUUGGCACUGAUAUGAACCUUUAUGCUUUGGUCUUCGGGGAAUCUGUCUUAAAUGAUGCUAUGGCAAUAUCUUUGUACAGAACAAUGUCUAUUGUAAGGAGUAAUGAUCCAUCUGGGCAAAACAUCUUUAUGGUGAUUGUUAGGUUUCUUGAGACUUUUGUUGGCUCUAUGUCUGCAGGUGUUGGAGUUGGAUUUACUUCUGCUCUUCUCUUUAAGUAUGCUGGAUUAGAUAUUGACAAUCUUCAAAACAUGGAGUGCUGUCUUUUUGUUCUUUUUCCUUAUUUCUCGUACAUGCUUGCGGAAGGUCUCAGCCUUUCCGGUAUUGUGUCAAUAUUGUUCACUGGAAUGGUGAUGAAGCACUACACAUACUCAAAUUUAUCAGAAAAUUCCCAACGUUUUGUAUCCGACUUUUUUCACUUAAUAUCAUCACUGGCUGAGACUUUCAUAUUUAUAUACAUGGGUUUUGAUAUUGCCAUGGAAAAGCACAGCUGGUCGCAUGUGGGGUUUAUCUUUUUCUCAAUUUUAUUUAUUGCAGUUGCAAGGGCUGCCAAUGUCUUUUCUUGCGCGUAUCUGGUCAAUUUGGUUCGUCCUUCACAUAGGCAAAUACCUUUACAGCACCAAAAAGCACUUUGCUACAGUGGACUUCGAGGGGCAAUGGCUUUUGCUCUUGCUCUGCAAUCUGUUCAUGAUCUUCAGGAUGGACAUGGUCAGAUUAUUUUCACUGCAACAACCGCCAUAGUUGUUUUGACGGUAUUGCUAAUUGGAGGUUCAACAGGUACAAUGCUAGAAGCUCUGCAAGUUGUGGGGGAUGGUCAUGAUGCCCACUUAGGAGAAGGCUUUGAUGGUAAUAAUGGAUAUAUUCCUACAGCUUGUGAUGAAGAUGGAACACCGGGGAACAAGAUAAGGAUGAAACUGAGAGAGUUCCACAAAAGUGCGGCAUCAUUCUCUGAAUUAGAUAGGAAUUACCUCACCCCAUUCUUCACAAGCCAGAAUGGAGAUGAUUAUGAUGAAAAGGAUGACCCGAUGCCCAGUUCUAGAAGUGGGGGAUUCCGAGGACAAUAGCUAAUCCUACAAGACAAGCAGAUGAUGACACAUAAGCUGGUACAUGGAACUAACUUUACAAAAUACUUUACAAUGGAUUUCAAUGCACUGCGUGUCCGGUUUGGGGGAUGUACAUAUAAUUAAAGAUCGCCUCGUAUCCGUCCUACAUUAUAGGGUAGUACUUUGUUAUAUAACGAAAUUUUUGUUAUGAAGAUGGAUCUAUGGCAUGCAUUGUGUUGUAUCGGUGCCAUUAUUUUCCGUGAUGUCGGUGAGGGAUUACGGUUAUAACAUGGUGUGAUUGUUCCGGAGUUGGGGAGUUACGUAGGAGAUAAUAGAUGUUAACAGUGAUUCUCGUGUUGAUGAAAAGAUGGAAAUUCAUUGUGUGACUUGUAAACUAACUCGGUGUUCGAGAUAUGGUAGGAAGUGUUUUUCUUAGAAAUAGAAACAUAUGAUUUGAUGAUUUAUUGUCUACUCUGUAUCUGCAUGUUAUAUAUGCAACUUAA